AUGGGUGGGCUGGCAUGCGCCGCCCUCCUGGCCUGGUACGGCCACGACGUGCUGGUCUGCGAGGGCCGCCCCACGCCCGGCGGGGCUGCCCACGUCUGGCGCCGCGCCGGCUACCGCUUCGACUGCGGCACCUCGCUCUUCUUCGGCCUGGACUGGCAGGGCGGGCCAUCCCAAUCGGAGAACCCUCUGGCGUCGAUCCUGCAACUCAUAGACGAGCGCGUGGACGUCGUGCCCGUGCCCGAUGCCGCGACAUGUCUGGUGUGGCCCGAAGAGUCUUUUCGGACGCACAUUGGAUCGGACAAAUUCGGGGCCGUGGUGAGGAGACUGUGGGGGCAGAGGGCUGAGGCGGAGUGGAAAGCAUUCCAGAAACGGGCGGAGGAGUGCGCGCCAGCGGCGUCGGCCAUCAAGCCCAUGGCGGUCAGGUUCGACGACCUGGUGGCGGUGACCACGGUGGGGCGGUCGCCCGGGGCGUUCCUGAAGUACCUGCGGGGCGAGGCGCGGAGCAUGGUGUUCUCGGGCCUGAUGGAGGGGACGGUGGGCGAUCCGGGGCUUAGGGACUUCAUAGACCUGCUGGUGCGGGGGACGUGUGGCCUGCCGUCCGACGAGAUCGUGGCGUCGUACAUGAUACAGGCCUUCGCGCAGCUGUACCAGCCCACGUCGGCGCUGGAGUAUCCCGUGGGAGGACCCCAGGCGAUCGUGAACGCUCUGGUGCGCGGCCUGCGAAAGCACGGCGGCCGCCUGGCCCUCAACGCCCACGUGGACGAGGUGGUGGUGGGCCCGCGGGGCCAGGCCGCCGGCGUGCGCCUCCGCGACGGCCGCACCAUCGGUGCCUCCAAGGCCGUCGUCUCGAACGCCUCCGCCUGGGACACGCUGCGGAUGCUGCCCCGGCAGGCCGUGUCCGCAAAAUACAGGGAUCGGGUGGCGGAGAUGAUUCCCAACAACAGCUUCAUGCACGUGCACCUGGGCUUUGACGGGAGCGGGCUGGACCCCCUGCCGUUGCACUAUUACAUGUUCGAUCCGGAGCUGGUGACGGAUGCCGGGUGGCCCACGAUCUGCGUGCCCUCCGCCGUGGAGCCCACCGCAGCGCCGCCGGGGAAGCACGUGAUGCACGCGUACAUCUCGGAGCCGUACGCGCCGUGGCGGGGGCUGGAGCGGCGGGGGGAGGAGUAUGGGAGGCUCAAGGAGGAGAGGUGUCAGGUGGUGUGGAACAUGAUUGAGAGGGUCAUCCCAGACAUACGCGACAGGGUGGAGGUGGAGAUGGUGGGCACGCCGCUGACCCACUCGCACUUCCUAAACAGAUUCCAGGGCACGUACGGUCCAAAGAAUCUGUUGAAGAUGGGCACGUUGCCCGAGGCGGUGUGUCCUCUGCCAGGCCUGUACUGCUGCGGUGAUUCGACCUUCCCCGGCGCUGGGACACCCGCGGCGGCGUCCUCAGGCAUGUGGGUGGCCAAUUCCCUGGUCCCCAUUUGGGAGCAUUGGGGGGCCCUGAAUGCGCUGGGAUUGUGA